AUGGCGACCCGGCUCACGACGAUAGAUUUAAUCAACAAGGUCGAUGGGUUUCCGGAUCCAGAGAGAGACCCUCAACGGUACUCGGAAGAAAUCAAGAGGCUCUACACCCUCAUAUGGAAGGACGAUGAAGGGUUCUUCCCCAUCGGCUACGUGCCUCUCUCGGUCCUCGAGGCGCUUGAGAACACCCCAGCGGAUAUCAGGGGCCCAAUGGACGUCGACCAUGAGGCGAGAAUGAUUUGUCUAUUCCAGGAGCCGGUCACCGAAGAAGAGCGCACGGAGCUCGUUGGACGUCUGACCGCAUACUGGCGCCAGAACGAGACGUUCCGCAUCCUCAAGGGCUGGCGCAACGAGCUGUGGCCUGUUUACGGACGCAACGGCGACCUGCUUUUCAGCAUCGAGCGGGUGGCCAUGGGGCUCUUCGGUAAUGCACGCUUUGGCGUGCACAUGGUGGCUUUCCUCCGUCGCAACGAGGGUAACAGCCGCUACGACUUAAGGAUCUGGGUCCCGAAGCGAGCCGCCAACAAGUCGACAUAUCCGGGCAUGUUGGACAACACGGUUGCAGGCGGGCUCAUGACCAACGAGGACCCUUUUGAAUGCAUCAUUCGCGAGGCCGACGAGGAGGCAUCGCUGCCAGAGGACUUCAUGCGCAAGAACGCCAAGGAAACUGGCACCAUCACGUACAUCUACAUCACGGACGAGCGGGCUGGUGGGGAACAUGGCUGGAUUUACCCCGAAUGCCAAUGGGUCUACGACCUCGAGCUACCGGCAGACGGGAGUGUCACUCCCUGUCCAAAGGAUGGUGAGGUGGAGAGUUUCAGCCUGCACACAGUGGAGGAAAUCCAGGAACAGAUGGCCCAGGGACUGUGGAAGCCGAACUGCGCCCUGAUCAUGCUCGAUUUUUUCACCCGGCACGGGAUAUUGACGCCCGAGAACGAGCCGCACUAUGAUGAGCUCCAAGCCAGGGCGCAUCGCUUUAUCCCCUUCCCCGGCCCGCAUUGGCCGAACUGGCAGCACGCUUCGCCGCCAGAAAGGAAGGCCUAA